GUUUUCCCGGCUGUCGGUCUCCCAGCGUCCCCAGCUUUCCAGGUAGGGACGACCCCUCCCACGCAGCGCAGUUCGGGAGGGUGGGAAGGAGGGGCUGGGCUCCGAGCGCCCGCCCCUCCAUCUAUCACAUGGCCGGAGAGCCACAAAAACAACAGCUUUGGCCAAGACCGUGACUUCAGGAAGGGGAACGCAGUAUUUUCGCAGCCAGCCCCCACCCCAUGGAGGAGAGUUUUCUUCAAUCCUUUGGGAGGCUGAGCCUCCGGCAGCAGCAGCAGCCGCCUCGGCCGCCCGCCCCGCCGCCCCCGCGUGGGACACCUCCGCGCCGCCACAGCUUUCGGAAACACCUCUACCUCCUGCGAGGCCUCCCGGGCUCGGGGAAAACUACGCUGGCCAGACAAUUGCAACACGACUUUCCCAGGGCCCUGAUUUUCAGCACGGAUGAUUUUUUCUUCAGGGAAGAUGGUGCCUAUGAGUUCAAUCCUGACUUCCUGGAGGAAGCUCAUGAAUGGAACCAGAAAAGAGCAAGAAAAGCAAUGAGGAAUGGCAUAUCCCCCAUUAUUAUUGAUAAUACCAACCUCCACGCCUGGGAAAUGAAGCCCUAUGCAGUCAUGGCACUUGAAAAUAACUAUGAAGUUAUAUUCCGAGAACCUGACACUCGCUGGAAAUUCAACGUUCAAGAGUUAGCAAGAAGAAACAUUCAUGGAGUCCCAAGAGAGAAAAUACACCGAAUGAAAGAACGGUAUGAACAUGAUGUUACCUUUUACAGUGUGCUGCAUGCCGAAAAACCAAGCAGAGCGAACAGAAACCAGGACAGGAACAAUGCAUCUCCUUCCGACGGUGCAGGGUACUGGAACCCCUACGCAGAGUUCCCAAACCGGAGGGCGCAUGGCGGCUUCACUAAUGAGAGCUCCUUUAACAGAAGGGGUGGUUGUCACCAUGGGUAUUAGAGGUCUCUCUUACAGGCAUUCAGAAUUUUCCUAAAUCAGUUUUUACUUCAAUUUUUGGUAUUUAUUCUUCGUUCAGUUGUAGUCAGAGCUCUAAUUCCAGUGUAAAUAGUCAAACCUGAAAGUUUUUGAGCAGAAGUCAUUACAUUCCUCUUCAACAAGCAUUUGUUAAAGUGAUCCUAUAUGCAUGGUCUGAUGCUGAGAAUUCUGCCGAUUUGAUUAAACAAAGUCCCUUUCUCUAGACAAAGAAUUACUUUAAAACUGAAACCUGAGAACAUACUGAAGAACAUAAUCAGCCACAUAGGCUCAUUAAUGAACUAAAGUGUUUAUAAUAUAAAGCUUCAGAACCACUUUUCUCUGAAGCAAUCUAUUUUUUCAGGAAAUUCAUCUCCAUCAGGAAAGUUGGAAAGGUCGGGGAGAAGUAGGAGGCAGGAAAAAUUUUAGUGCCAUUGCUACUUUGAUCAUCCAUGUAUCCAAAAAUGUGAGAUGUGUGGCUAAAAUGAUGAUAUUGAUUUUCCUUUAAAAUGAAUAUGCCAGAAAGUACACACCUAAGGGAAUAUUGUCCUUCAAAGCAGGACACCUUGGGAAAUUAUUCCUUUAUUUUAGCAAUGUAUCAUUGUUAGAAGUGUCUGUUAAAAUCUUUCUUAAUAGCUAUACAAGCUACUUAGGAAAAUCAGUAUCAUUAUUUAAAGUCAUAUCUUGUGUUUUAACUACCACUUUAUUGAACAGGGUUAAACCUGAAUAACUUUUGGCUGUUGAGCUAAUAGUGUAAAUAAAAUAAGCCUGCCUUUAUAAAACACUAAUUUUUAAGAGGAAUAAUUAAGCAGUUUUUAAAAUUAUGCCUAUAAACAUGUGUCUAAUCAGUUGGCAGCUCCAAAGUUUUGGGAGUACAAGGAAUGAAGCAUCCCAGGCUGUAGAUUAUAUUGAGUUAUGGAAAAGUCAUGCUCGCCUUAAGAGCAAUCUCAGUGUUUUAUGUGGUAUUAAGACGAAGUUCUACCACAACUCUUAUACUAAUAGUGAAUUUAUGAAUCCAAAUUAAAUCUUAAAAGGUUGGAAUCAGAUUAAUUUGGUGUGAGACCACAGAUAAGACCAUGUAGGAUGUAUGCUUUAUUUCUUGUUGGCCAACAGCUUCUUUCUAAUGUUUUGUGAAGUAUUAUUUUAAGUGUUCUAUAUAAUGGUGCUUUUAUGGUUAUUAAAAAUUACAUAUGGUAUUGCUUUAUAUGGAUUUGUCAUUGAAUCUAAUUUUUUUUUGGUUUAAGAAUAUAAAAAACUUAAUUACAGAAAUUCCACAGAAUUCUACCAUAUUGAGAACCAAUUUUUCUAUAUUAUAACCUUAUUUACCAGUCUUCUUUAAUGAAUAGGAGACAUAAAGGUAAAGACAAAAGCAACCUUAUAUUUUACUUAUUGUUAUUUGAUCUCUACACAGUAGAAAGACUAUAUUACUUUCAUAUUCCAUUAUCUAUCUAGUACAUUGAAAUCUAGUCAACAUCUUGAUGACUGUCAACAAUGUAAUUUUUUUCUUCAUUAACAUUUUAAAAAUUGGUGUCUCCUUUGAGUAGCAAAGUUUGGCCAACAAAACUAAAAUUUAGUAAAUCUGAAUGAAUCUAAGGUAUAGUUCUGGCUAAAUUCUGUGUAUCCAAGAUCAACACAUAAUAAUCUUCUAAUAAUAAUGAUAAUCCACAUAACAAUACCCCUGUUUUCCAGGCCCAGGUGGUCCUGGGUAUCCUAGUCAAUGUGGUCACUGCAGAACUGGGCCAAUCUGGAUGGCUUGACUCAUUUAGGAAAGCAGAGGCGAGAAGUGUCAGGGAGCCCAGAUGGGAAUUCCUUUCCUUGAUUCCAUAGGAGCAGUCUAAAGGAUCAGAUUUCAAGCCCUCCUGAUUUACUUCUGACUCUCUGCUUAGGGUUUCUGGUUCACCUGGGCUGGGCUGCUUUGGAGAAGUAGUCCCAGGUUAUAGAUCCAGAGCUUUUAAAGAGCUCAGAAGAAUAGUUUAGUUUCCCAGUAUAUUUGCCUGUUUUGAACAUAAAAAUCAUUGAUUAAAUGCCACCAACUGUAUGUAUCCCACCCAGAAGUGAUCUGUUGUUUCUUUCAACGCCCAUGGCUCCUGAUUUAUAUAAUUUUUUGAACACU